AACGUCACUGGUUGUCCAGACACACAGCGCAGUCACCGCAAACGGAGCAGAGACCAAGCCUGUAGCUAACCGCCAUUAAACGUUAACUUUCUCUUCAAAAGAGAAUAGUCGUUUUAUUAGAAGAUCUUUACAUUAUUGUUAACUGGUGUCUGUAGUAAAAUGAAGCGGAGGAUACCCUUGUCUUUUGUUUUGUUCAUUUUGCUAGUCGUUUAUUGUUUUUCCUGCUCGGCGUUUUACCUUCCGGGUUUAGCCCCAGUGAGUUUUUGUGAAGAAAAAGACGUUCCCGAAUGUCAGACACAGAUUCAGCUGUUUGUCAAUCGUUUGGACUCUGUGGAGUCCGUUCUGCCUUAUGAAUAUGAUGUGUUUGACUUUUGCAAAGAUGUCAAGGAGACUCGGCCAUCUGAGAACCUUGGACAGGUGCUGUUCGGUGAGCGGAUAGAGUCUUCCCCAUACAAGUUCUCUUUUAAAAAAGAUGUGAAAUGCAGCGCAGUGUGCACAAAGAUUUACAAGAAAGAUGUCAAGGAAGAUGUGGCCAAACUGGAUUUUCUCAAGAUGGGAAUGCAGUUGAACUAUCAGCAUCACUGGAUUAUUGACAACAUGCCAGUGACGUGGUGCUACGACGUUGAAGAUGGUCAGAAGUAUUGUAACCCUGGCUUCCCUAUUGGUUGUCUGGUUACUGCAGAUGGAAGAGCAAAAGAUGCCUGUGUUAUCAAUUCUAAGUUUAACGAGAAGAACACAUACUAUGUCUUCAACCAUGUGAGCAUUAAGAUCACGUACCACAGCGGGGAGAGCGAAGGCUGGAAAGGUGCUCGCCUGGUUGGUGCCACCCUAGAACCAAAGAGCAUCAAACAAACUGAUGAAAAAAAUCUAAAUUGUGAAGAUGGUAGCCCGAUGGAAGUGCCUGUCGUGUUUGACAGUGACGUGUCAGUACUCUACACCUAUUCAGUGACUUUUACGGAAGACAAUUCUAUUAAAUGGGCCUCUCGGUGGGAUUACAUCCUGGUCUCGAUGCCUCACACCAACAUCCAGUGGUUUAGCAUCAUGAACUCUUUGGUCAUUGUUCUCUUCCUCUCUGGCAUGGUGGCCAUGAUCAUGCUAAGAACUCUGCACAAGGACAUUGCCAGAUACAACCAGGUUGACCAGGAAAACUUGAUAAAGGUUCCAUCGACCAGGGAUAAAUCUUCCGUAACCUAUGAGGACGCACAGGAGGAGUCUGGAUGGAAGCAGGUGCACGGAGAUGUUUUCCGUCCUCCUCGGAAAGGAAUGCUGCUCUCCAUUUUCCUCGGCCAGGGCACUCAGAUCUUCAUCAUGACAUUCAUUACACUCUUUCUGGCCUGUCUGGGUUUCCUGUCGCCAGCCAACAGAGGGGCUCUGAUGACGUGCGCCGUGGUACUCUGGGUCCUGCUGGGCACCCCCGCUGGUUAUGUGUCUGCACGUCUCUAUAAAACUUUCGGAGGAGAGAAGUGGAAGACCAACGUGUUGCUGACGGCCCUCCUGUGCCCAGGGAUCGUCUUUGCAGACUUCUUCCUGAUGAACUUGAUCCUUUGGGUGGAGGGCUCCUCAGCAGCCAUUCCCUUUGGAACUUUGGUAGCCAUCUUGGCUCUGUGGUUUGGGAUUUCUGUGCCCCUGACCUUCAUCGGUGCCUACUUUGGAUUCAAGAAACCUGCCAUUGAGCAGCCCGUACGAACAAACCAGAUCCCUCGCCAAAUUCCAGAGCAGUCCUUCUUCACCAAACCCAUCCCUGGAAUAAUAAUGGGUGGGAUCUUGCCCUUUGGCUGCAUUUUCAUUCAGCUUUUCUUUAUCCUCAACAGUAUUUGGUCCCACCAGAUGUACUACAUGUUUGGAUUCCUCUUCCUGGUUUUCAUUAUUCUGCUCAUCACUUGCUCUGAGGCCACAAUCCUGUUAUGCUACUUCCACCUAUGUGCUGAGGACUACCACUGGUGGUGGCGUUCCUUCUUGACCAGUGGCUUCACAGCAGUCUACCUGUUCAUCUAUGCUGUGCACUACUUCUUCUCAAAACUGCAAAUAAUUGGAGCAGCCAGUACCAUACUAUACUUUGGAUACACCAUGAUUAUGGUCCUCAUCUUCUUCCUCUUCACAGGUACAAUUGGCUUCUUUGCUUGCUUCUGGUUUGUCAACAAGAUCUACAGUGUGGUGAAGGUGGACUAGCAGCACAGGAAACUUCUAUCUGUAAACGGCGCUGAGCCCCCCAGCGCCGUCUCUCUAAUAAAGUAGUCUGAACAGACCUGAACUGAAGCAUUGCUUAUGACAAAAACAGAACAGAGCCCGUCCUCUUUUGUGCUUUAAACCUUUGUUGCUCUUUUUCUUUUCUUUCAUAUAAAUAAUUUGUGUUCACUGAUGACCGUUAAUAUUUUGAAUUGCGCCUUGAAAAUCGGUGUGGGUUCCAAUGAUUGAGUUCUCACAGUGAGCAGUUUGGUUUGUUUUUUACUUUAGUUUUCUAAGGACAGAAAAAAGUCAAAUGUUAAGGACUUUGCUAUUCUAUUGUUUUUUUCUUAAUGCUCCUUUUUUAUUUCCUGUUCUGUAAGGAUUUAAUGAGUAUGUACAUAUAUUGUAUAGAGAAGGAGAGCGAGGGAGAAUGCUACUUAAAGAUUGUCAAUCUUAUCAAUUUCCCCUUUGAAGUUUUUUUUCUUUUCUUUUAAUUCUAAAAACGGGCUUUAAAUUCUUAAAUAUCAGCCUGUAAUAUAGUUAAGACAUAAAUUACUGAUGUUGCUAUGGUACCUGUUUCUUUUCUUGGAUUUAAGUUUGAAUACAUCAAAUGGGUGUUUUAUGUUGAGAAGCACAUCUGUCCUACCGAGCUGCUAAAGCUACAACAUGUUGCAUAUUAAAGAUAGUCUCUCAAAUGUAAUAAAUCUGCCACCAAAAAAGAUAGUCACCUUGUUAACUAUGAAUGCUCUCUUUCUAUUGAGAAACAUCCUUUUAGAUUUAAUGAGUCAACCAUUAGGUAGAAUAAACACUGCUGCUGUUUGCUUAAAGCAGUGUGGCUGCAUUGAAGGUGAUGACUAUUUCACAAAUGUGUAAGUAAUCCACAGGAAAAAAAACGUAUUUUUGUCUUUGAGCUACUAAGAAAAAUGUUUUUUUUCACGUUAAAUAAUAUUCCUUUUUAUUUGCUUCUGAGUGAAAGGCCAUUAAUCCAUAUUUAAUGUCCAACUCAUUGCAUUACGAAAAUAAAAUAAAAAAUAAACAAACCAA